GGAACGAAAUCGGUGAGAAAUGAAACCAGAUUUAUACCCUAAUUUCCUAAUUUGAGUAAUUUGGUAGGUCCCGAAUUCUACGCUGACAAAUCCUGCCACAGCCUUACACGCCGCCGUCGCCAGCCGCCAGCAGUGGGAGCAAGGACGCCGGAACCAUUCUUUCUUGCUCCAUCUUGCGGCUUGUGCCUUGCGAGGCGCUUCUCUCUGCCUCUCUCACGUGAGCAACCCUUUCUUAGCCACUGACUACCAUUUUUGUAUGAAGCUAACCAACAAAGGUGAUAAGGCAUGCUAGUUUGAAGUUGCAAUUCAAUUUCAAAUCAAAACUUGGUUAUGGACUUGGUGGCAUUGUUUCAGAUGAUCCAGUGAAGAGUUUCUGAGGGGUUUAUUUGGGUACUACAAUGUAACAAGUUCACAAUCCAAUAGAGUUUUUUUUGUGGGUCCACCAUUGAUGAUUCUCACUUCACUCUUUGAAGCAUCACCGUUUCCCCUAUUUGCGCUUCGGCUAUCUUUCUUUCCUCUUCUUCCAAAUCAGAUCAUAAGGAAUGGUAAAAUUCACGAUAAGUAAGGGCAGAUAUACGUAUACCCAUGAUCAGAAAUAUCCCUGCGAAAAUGUCGACAUACACCACAUAAUUUUGAAGAGUGGUAGGGCAAAUUAUGUCUUUGUAUACACCUCAGCAGUUCUUGUAUUAGCUUCUGCCUUAUAUCUCUAUAUUCUUGGGGAAAAAUCAAUUAGUAUUGUAUAUUACAGCCUGCUUUUCAACAUAUUUCUUGUCAAGUUAUUGCUUCGAAAGCCUGUUAAGAAAGAGUCUAUUGUAAUUAUGCCAGCUUUUGGAGUACAGCUUGAGACUCACUACAUGAGUGGAAAAAUCGUUAGAUGCUUUGUUCCCAUUGACAAGAUUCUGAAACCUGUUCUAGUAGAAUGUGUGACACCAGUGACUUGUUACUGGACACUAUCGAUGAUGAUUCGUGGGGAAUCGGAAAUGGUAUUAGUUUUCAAGAGCUUGCGUCCACCAGUGAAAAUGCUGGUCCAUGUAUGGAAGGCCCUAUGUGCUGCAACUGAUAUUAAGGAAGAGGCUAUGAUGUAGUGAUUCAGGACCCGUUUGAAAUAAUCUCAAGUUCAUAGUUCGGGAAGUAUACAUUUUUGGCAUUUCUGGCCAUCUACUGAGGGCUAAUUAACUAGAUUGUUGUGCCAUAAAUUAGGUAGGCUGCAUAAACAGGAAUGUUUCGUGACAUGAUAUGACAUAGCUGUACAUGCUGAAUAUUAUUGCCAAGAGAAUGUUUCUAUGCGCAUUAAACAACUUUACAUGUAUCGUUAUCUUAGCGAUCAAAUUGGACCUCUCAUUAUACACCAUGUAAAAUGACGUUGAAUCGGUUAUAUAUAUACAAUCAUCUAUAGCACGGUUCUCUAUC